AUGGACCUGCUGCUGGCGAAGGCUAUUUGCAUAUUUACCUUUUUGUGCGUGGCCACGUUCGGGUGCUCCAUCCCCUACCUGAUAGGUCUCCUGGGGAACAACAAGAAUGCAGAGCACGAAAACAGAAUUAAGGGCAUCCUGUCUAAUUUGAAUUGCUUUGGCUCCGGGUUCAUUUUUUCCAUUGUGAUGUUUCACCUGCUCCCGGAGACUAUAAUGAUUGCGAAUUCUCACAACCACGUCGUUUUAUUUAAUUCUUCUGACCCAGAAGCAAAAACGUUGUUCGUUUUUUUAUUCGUUUUUAUUGGUUUUGCUAUGCAACUGGCCCUGGAGCAUGUGCUCCCCGUGGACGGUAACAUGUGCUGUGUGGUCAAUGACAACGUCAAGUCGAUGCUCGAGGAUAAUUUUUCCAAAAACAAGCACCAAAGCAAAAAGGGCGACGCGGUCAACAUUGAGAUGCACAACGUUAUCGUGAACGAGAAUCAGUACCACCACGCAUGCGACAGCGAGCACUUCAACAAGCAACAGAACAUUGUGAAGUUCCUGCACGUGCUAACGCUCCAGUCGUUUUUUUUGACCAUCUCGCUGGCGGUGCAUUCGUGCAUUGAGGGUAUGGUCGUGGGAACUUCCAACGAUGUUAAUUUUGUGUUUAUAAAUUCCUUUUGUAUUUUGGCUCAUAAAUGGAUCGCAGGGGUGACUGUCGCGCUCUCGCUGAACCAGAACAAUAUAAGCAAGAACCUGAAGAUAAUUCUCCUCAUCAUUUUCAUUUUUUCCUCCCCCCUGGGCAUAAUCAUUGGCCACCUAAUAAAAUCUUCGGGCGAGAAAGUCACAUGCGUGAUUAAUGCUGUUUCUAUCGGGACACUGCUCUUCAUAGGAUGCGAGAUUUUGCUAAACGAAAUAAAACAAAAGUUCAGUCGCAAAAUACGAUUGGCCAAGUGGUUGAGCUUUUGCUCCUCCUGUGUAAUUGCGUUUUUGCUCAUUAUGGCGACGCAGCACUUGGCCCCCCACACGCACAGCAACGCGCAUAGUCACGAGCAUGGUUAUACGAACAGCAAUUACCACCAGCACCACGCUCAUUAA